AUGUCAUUCAGCGGUGAACCACCGUGUCCCCUGGUCGUUUUCGGGUCCGGCAGCUUCGGCGACCGCUUGAAAGCGAACUUCAGAAAUGUGACGCUGUUGGUAAUCACUUGUACAGCCGCCUGCUUCGGACCGAGUUUGCGCUGUCAGAAUGUGCCGUUCGCUCAUCGAGAUGUCAUCGUCGAUGCAGUUCAGGCGCCGGUUGAUGUUCAAUGA